AUGAAGAGCCUCCGUGACACACCCAUCAGCAUCAGAGUCGUCCUGACCAAUGGCGUCGCUGGCAUUGGAAAAACCUUCUCGGUGCAGAAGUUCACUCUGGACUGGGCAGAGGGUUUAGAAAACCAGGAUGUGGGUCUGCUGACUGUGCUUUCGUUCAGGGAGCUGAACCUGGUGAAGGACCAGCAGCACAGUCUCCUCACGCUGCUCCGUGUUUUCCAUCCAGCGUUACAGAAGCUCACGGCAGAGACACUCGCUGUCUGUAAACCUUUGUUCAUCUUUGACGGCCUGGAUGAAAGCAGACUUUCUCUGGACUUCAACCACAGGGAGCUUGUGUCUGAGGUCACACAGAGGUCAUCAGUCAACGUGCUGCUGACAAACCUCAUCCGGGGGAAUCUGCUUCCCUCGGCUCUCGUCUGGAUAACCUCCAGACCUGCGGCGGCCAAUCAGAUCCCUCCUGCAUGUGUCGACAGGGUCACAGAAGUACGAGGCUUCACUGACGCCCAGAAGGAGGAGUACUUCAGGAGGAGGUUCAGUGAUGAAGAGCUGUGCAGCAGAAUCAUCUCCCACAUCAAGACGUCCAGGAGCCUCCACAUCAUGUGUCAAAUCCCAGUCUUCUGCUGGAUCAGUGCUAAAGUUCUGGAGCACAUGUUGACCACAGACCAGAGAGGAGAGCUGCCCAAGACCCUGACUGACCUGUACUCACACUUCCUGCUGGUUCAGACAAAGAGGAAGAACAACAAGUACGGUGAGGGACAUGAGAUGACUCCACAGCAGCUGACGGAGGCUGACAAGGACGUUCUCCUGAAGCUGGGAGGGCUGGCAUUUAAACAUCUGGAGGAAGGAAACAUCAUGUUCUACCAAGAAGACCUGGAGCGGUGUGGUCUUAAUGUCACAGAGGCCUUGGUGUACUCAGGAGUUUGUACUGAGAUCUUCAGAAGAGAGUGUGUGAUCUUCCAGAAAUCAGUCUACUGCUUUGUUCAUCUGAGCAUUCAGGAGUUUCUGGCUGCAGUCUACAUGUUCCACUGUUACACCGAGAGGAACACAGAAGAACUCAACAACUUUUUGGGAAAAUAUGGGAACACACACGGUACCUACACCCUGGAUGACUUCCUGAGGAGAACCAUGGAGAAAUCCCUCACCAGUUCAAAUGGUCAUCUGGACCUGUUUGUCCGCUUCCUUCACGGCCUCAGUCUGGAGUCCAACCAGAGAGUCUUAGGAGGCCUGCUGGGUCGGACAGGGAACAAUCCAGAGAUCGUCCAGAGAGUCAUCAACAACCUGAAGGAGAUGGAGAGUUAUUACAUUUCUCCUGACAGAAGCAUCAACAUCUUCCACUGUCUGACUGAGAUGAACGACCACUCAGUUCAUCAGCAGAUGCAACAGUUCCUGACGUCAGAGAACAGAUCAAAGGAGAAACUCUCUGAGAUCCACUGCUCAGCUCUGGCCUACAUGCUGCAGAUGUCAGAGGAGGUUCUGGAUGAGUUGGACAUGAAGAAGUUCAACACAUCACAACAGGGUCGACUGAGAUUGAUCCCAGCUGUGAGGAACUGCAGG